AUUAUAGUCCACGUUGACAUUAGAAUACUCAGGUUUUGCUCCACACUGUGUGUUCUUAUUGUUAACUGCAAGAUGGAUUUCACAAUCCGGGCCGCCACCUUUGAGGAUUGUAAGGACAUUUCUCGGAUGAUACUGGAAUUGGCAGAGUUUGAGAAAGUUUCUGACCAUGUCAAGAUCACACAAAGAGAUCUGGAGCAGGAUGGAUUUUCCAAAAACCCUUUUUUCCAUGGAAUUAUUGCUGAAGUACCAGAACACUUAAAGUCCAGAGAGGGUCAUACCAAGAUCGGUUACUCUCUGUACUUCUACAUGUACAACACGUGGAAAGGUCGAGCAGUGUACAUGGUGGAUCUGUAUGUGAUGGCAGAGUUCAGAGGCAAGGGCAUUGGCAAGGCUCUGAUGACCAAAGUUUCACAGCUUGGUCUGGCUGCUGGUUGCACUCAGCUCAACUUCACUGUGCUGGACUGGAAUAAGUCAUCUCUGGACUUCUACCUGAAGCAGGGCUGCUGGGACGUGACCUCUGAACUCGGCUAUCACUGCAUGCGCUGUGAGGGUGAAGCUCUUCAACACUUGGCACAGGGAGAGCUUUGAACGAUCAAGAACAUUGGUUCCACUCUCAACUACUGUAGGUUACUAAGUUACACAUGGCUAGAUAUGCACAGGAAGGCCGUAAGCUGAAAAAUGGGCACAUUUAAAAAAACAAAACAUUUUGAAUAAAAUAUUGAAAAGUUCAAAUUUGCUUUUAAUUUACUCUAGAUAUGUGACUAAUUUGCAGUAGAACAUUUUAGCUGAAACCUAUAGUUCUUAGCCAUUCAUAAAAAAAUGGCAUCUACUAUCAGCACUUUUAGAUUUAAAAAUCUAAUCGGUGGAGGACAUGACAUACAUUUCUACUGGUCACUUAUGUCAUAUACUAAUAAAAUUUAGUAUUUGUUGAAAAA